UGAUUGGGCGGCGCCGAGGAGUAGCCCGGGUGAGGCGCGGGCGCGCGAGCGGGAGUUCCGGCGGGAGGCUCGUGCUCAGGGCCGGCGCCUUCACCAUGGCCUCGGCUGAGCUGGACUACACCAUCGAGAUCCCGGAUCAGCCCUGCCGGAGCCAGGAGAACAGCCCCAACCGAGGUGGGAAGGAGGCGGGGACUCGACAGCCUCUGGUGAUUCUCUUGGGCUGGGGUGGCUGCGCCGACAAGAACCUUGCCAAGUACAGCGCCAUCUACCAUGAAAGGACCCCACAGUGGGCAGCACAGCCUGAUGUGCUCCCAGCUGUGGAGUUGGCCCAGACGUCAAGUCUCUGUUGUCUGGAUGCUGCCUGUCUGGGCAGCAGGAGCCUGGGCGGGGUGUGCUGGACAUCGUCUGCACUCCCAGGACUUUCUCCUUUUCUGACCAGGGCUGCAUCGUGAUCCGAUACACAGCCCCAUGGCACAUGGUCUUCUUCUCCGAGUCCCUGGGCAUCCCUUCGCUUCGUGUUUUGGCCCAGAAGCUACUUGAGGUACUCUUUGAUUACGAGAUUGAGAAGGAGCCCCUGCUCUUCCACGUCUUCAGCAACGCCGGUGCCAUGCUGUACCGAUAUGUGCUGGAGCUCCUGCAGACCCAUCGGCGCUUCUGCCACCUGCGUGUGGUAGGCACCAUCUUUGACAGCGGUCCUGGUGAUAGCAACCUGGUGGGGGCUCUGCGGGCCCUGGCAACCAUUCUGGAGCACCGGCCUCCUGUGCUGCGCCUCCUGCUCCUGGUGGCCUUCGCCCUGGUAGCAGUCCUAUUCCAUGUCCUGCUUGCUCCACUCACUGCCCUCUUCCACACCCACUUCUAUGACAGGCUCCUUGACACAGCCUCUGGCUGGCCUGAGCUCUACCUCUACUCGAGGGCGGAUGAAGUGGUCCUGGCCAAGGACGUGGAACGCAUGGUGGAGGCCCGCCUGGCACAACAGGUCCUGGUGCGCUCUGUGGACUUUGUGUCAUCAGCACAUGUCAGCCACCUCCGCGACUACCCUACUUACUACACGAACCUCUGUGUCAAUUUCAUGCGCAGCUGUGUCCACUGCUGAGGUCCUUGCCCCACCCACUUCACCUCUGCUCCAGAAAUAAAAUGCCUGACACUUCCUCACGACCCACAUCCAUGGGUGGGAUCCUCUUCUGAUUCAACUCCCUACGGCCUUCUAGGACUUUGUAGUCCCACAAAUAGAGAAUUUCUAUGGGCUUCUGUCCCAGGGGACUGUGGUGGUCCUCUUAUUCCAGGAUCCUAGCGGGUAGGAGUGCCUGGGCACAUUUCUUUGGGAACCUUGCAGUGGUUGUGUUUGGACAAAUGCAACAGGCUGCUGACUCCUGUGGCAUUUAGGCUGUAAAGGGUUAACAAAGGGCGGGCGGCAGGGGGGAGUUUGAGAAUGAGCCCCAGGAUGGAUCUUUGAUUCCUUGCAUGGAAGGUGAGCUUUGUGGGGAGGUGCCAGAGGGUAGAGUCAGGCUGGGGCAGGGGCUGUGAUCUCUGCUCCAAGGCCCUGGAAGGGCAAAGCCGCACGGCAUGGAGCACCAUCCCCACAGAUCACACUGCAAUGGGUAGUUCACUCAAGAGAGGCAUCUCUGACCUCACUGCCAGGGAGUCUGAGGUAGAAGCCAGAUGGGGAGCUGAGGAUGCAUAGGGUGGAGGGCCUGCCCUGGUCCAUCACACUUUGUCAGGAAGCCACUGGAUCUAAGAAAGUUGCAACAUGUGCAGUGAUGGGCAGCUGGAGUGGGGAGCAGGAAGACAGCAGUGCCAUAUGGGAGCUGGGACAGGCUAAGUCAGGAGCCCUACAGGCCUGAACCAGGGCAAGGGCAUUUGGCUGAAACAACAAACUCCUUCAUCUCCUUGAAGGAGACCCACUUGGAUCCUCUCCAGGCAGGAGAGGUGGCUUUAGUCUUAAGAGUUCUGUGUCAUCUGUCAUUCUACAAGUCACUGCUACACUAUGUUGGCACAUAGGUAUUCAAUAAAUAUUUGUUGAUUGA